CGGAAAUUGCUAGGUUACAUUUUAAAAUCGCUUUUGUUGAAAUUUUUAGCCCGGUUUACUUCCUUUUCCGGUUAGGACUUCAAUAUGGGUUACAGAGGACGAAGAAAGUCGCUCAAGCGCUUAGCAGCACCUAAAUCAUGGAUGUUGGACAAAGCAGGAGGUGUCUUUGCACCCAAAUGUAGUCCAGGUCCUCAUAAAUCUCGUGAGAGUUUUCCUAUGACGCUUUUCCUGCGUAAUAGGCUAAAGUAUGCCCUGUCUUACCAAGAGGUCAAGAAGAUAGUCAAACAACGCCUCAUCAAAGUAGAUGGCAAGAUUCGUACCGACAACUGCUACCCAACAGGAUUCAUGGAUGUGGUUACAAUUGACCGCACAAAUGAAAACUUCAGGAUCCUAUAUGAUGUUAAAGGCAGAUUCGUUGUUCACAGAAUCAAGAAUGAGGAAGCCAAGUACAAACUUUGCCGUGUCCGUAAAACUGCAACUGGCCCCAAGAAUGUACCUUACAUAACUACUCAUGAUGGCAGAACUAUUCGCUACCCUGAUCCAUUGGUUAAAGUCAAUGACACUAUUAUGGUUGACAUUGCUACUGGCAAAAUGAAGGAGUUCAUUAAGUUUGAUUCAGGCAAUCUUGUGAUGAUCACUGGUGGACAUAACUUGGGACGUGUUGGAACCAUCACCCACAGAGAGAGACAUCCAGGUUCCUUCGACAUUGUGCACAUUAAGGAUGCUCUUGGACACACUUUUGCUACUAGGUUGUCCUAUGUGUUUGUCAUUGGAAAAGGCAACAAACCCUGGAUCUCACUCCCAAGAGGAAAGGGUGUGAAGCUGACUAUUGCUGAAGAGAGAGACAGGAGGAUAGCUGCUAAGACUCAGUAAACAAGACUGAUAGUUAAAGAAAUAUGUGAACAGUUGAAAAUAAAGUACUUUCAAUACAUGG